CUUCAAGCUUCAUCUCCUUUGCCUUCUCCCCAAGAAAUCAAAGACAAGGGCGGCGGGCGACAUGGAGGGGGUGGCGCUGCUCCGCUCCUUAUCAUGCUCCACCACUGUCUGCAGGCGCCUUCUCUUCUCGUCGCGCUCCUCCUCCCGUCUCUUCUCAUCCAACUUCCGCAGGCCCCGGCGGCCGCAGCAGUUCCGCCCCCUGCCCUGUGCCAGCUCUCCGCUUUGGUGGAACCGCCCCGCGCCGCCGCUUCGCUUGGGGAGGGGAUUUCCUAUCACUUCCAUCCGCGCAAUCUCCACCUCACCCGUCGAGAGAGAAUCAGAUAGAAGGAAUGAUGUUGCUGAGAAACUUGGAUUUGAAAUAAUAUCUGAACAGACGAUAGAUGAAUGCAAAUCUACAGCUGUACUGUAUAGGCACAGGAAGACAGGUGCAGAAAUUAUGUCUGUGUCAAAUGAUGAUGAGAAUAAAGUUUUUGGCAUUGUUUUCCGAACUCCUCCUAAUGAUUCAACUGGCAUACCUCACAUACUUGAACAUAGUGUGUUGUGUGGCUCGAAAAAAUACCCUCUGAAAGAACCCUUUGUUGAAUUGCUGAAAGGUAGUUUGCAUACUUUUCUAAAUGCAUUUACCUAUCCAGAUCGUACAUGUUAUCCAGUAGCUUCAACAAAUACAAAGGACUUCUACAAUUUGGUUGAUGUGUACUUGGAUGCUGUUUUAUUUCCUAAAUGCAUCGAGGACUUUCAAACAUUUCAACAGGAAGGUUGGCAUUAUGAACUUAACCAUCCUGAAGAAGAUAUCUCAUAUAAAGGUGUUGUUUUCAAUGAGAUGAAAGGAGUUUAUUCCCAGCCUGAUAAUAUAUUAGGCAGAGUAACUCAGCAGGCCCUUUUCCCUGAAAAUACCUAUGGUGUUGAUAGUGGAGGUGAUCCAAAGGUCAUUCCGAAACUUACAUUUGAAGAAUUCAAGGAUUUCCAUCGUAAAUAUUACCACCCGAGCAAUGCUAGGAUAUGGUUUUAUGGGGAUGAUGAUCCAAAUGAGCGACUACGGAUCAUAAGUGAGUAUCUUGAUCAAUUUGAAUCAAGUUCUGCCCCUAAUGAAUCAAAAAUUUUACCACAAAAGCUGUUCAAGGAGCCAUUGAGGAUUGUUGAGAAAUAUCCAGCUGGUGAUGGUGGUGAUCUCAAAAAGAAACACAUGGUCUGCCUUAACUGGCUCCUCUCUGAAAAGCCCUUAGACUUGGAGAUAGAGCUUGCACUUGGUUUUUUGGAUUACCUUUUGUUGGGAACACCAGCUUCCCCACUAAGAAAGAUUCUGUUGGAAAGUGGCUUGGGAGAGGCUAUUGUUGGUGGUGGAAUUGAAGAUGAGCUUCUUCAGCCUCAGUUCAGCAUUGGACUUAAAGGUGUCUCUCAAGAUGAUAUCCAUAAGGUUGAGGAAUUGAUUAUAGAAACACUAAAGAAUCUGGCAGAGGAAGGUUUCACGUCUGAAGCUGUUGAAGCAUCCAUGAACACAAUUGAGUUCUCACUUAGGGAGAACAACACAGGUUCAUUCCCAAGAGGCUUAUCUUUGAUGCUUCGCUCCAUUGGUAAGUGGAUAUAUGAUUUGGAUCCCUUUGAACCUCUGAGAUAUGAGAAGCCACUGCAAUCUUUAAAAGCACGUAUAGCAGAACAAGGAUCAAAAGCUGUCUUUUCUCCACUCAUAGAGAAAUUCAUCUUAAAUAAUCCUCAUCGUGUCACGGUUGAGAUGCAGCCUGAUCCAGAUAAAGCUUCUCGUGAUGAAGCAGAUGAGAAAGAAAUCCUUAAGAAAGUUAAAGAAAGCAUGACAGAAGAAGAUCUUGCUGAGCUUGCACGGGCUACACAAGAGCUACGAUUAAAACAAGAGACUCCUGAUCCACCAGAAGCAUUAAGAUCUGUUCCAUGUUUAUCCCUACAUGAUAUUCCCAAGAAACCUAUUCACAUUCCAACUGAAAUUGGAGAAAUCAAUGGGGUAAAGGUUUUGCAGCAUGACCUUUUCACAAAUGAUGUUCUCUAUUCAGAAAUUGUGUUUGAUCUGAGUUACCUAAAAAAAGAACUUCUUCAGCUUGUGCCAUUAUUCUGUCAGUCGUUGCUAGAAAUGGGCACCAAAGAUAUGGACUUUGUGCAACUAAAUCAACUGAUUGGGAGAAAGACAGGAGGAAUUUCAGUUUAUCCUUUUACAUCUUCUGUGCGGGGAAGUGCCGAUCCAUGCACCCAUCUUAUUGUCCGGGGAAAAGCAAUGGCAGCUAGGGUGGAAGAUCUAUUUAACCUGAUCAAUUGUGUUCUCCAGGAUGUUCAGUUCACUGAUCAACUACGCUUUAAGCAAUUUGUUUCUCAAAGCAAAGCAAGAAUGGAGAGCCAAUUACGAGGCAGUGGUCAUGGGAUUGCAGCUAGAAGAAUGGAUGCUAAGCUAAAUGUUGCAGGAUGGAUUUCUGAACAGAUGGGUGGUGUCAGUUAUUUUGAGUUUAUACAAAAUCUUGAGAAGAGAGUUGAUGAAGAUUGGGAAGGAAUUUCUUCUUCACUUGAUGAGAUUCGUAGAACCUUGCUCAGUCGGGAAGGUUGCUUGAUUAAUGUCACUGCUGAUGGAAAGAAUUUGACGAACUCCAUGAAAUACCUAGAUAAGUUUAUUUGCUUACUACCAAAUACUCAACCACUCAAGACUGGCUCCUGGCAGUCUUUAAUUUCUCCUGGAAAUGAAGCCAUUGUGAUUCCUACCCAGGUAAAUUAUGUUGGGAAGGCUGGUAACAUAUAUGAAACAGGGUAUCAGCUCCAUGGAAGUGCGUACGUCAUCUCCAAGUACAUUGGUAACACAUGGUUAUGGGAUCGUGUACGAGUCAGUGGUGGUGCAUAUGGCGGCUUUUGUGAUUUUGACACUCAUUCAGGCGUAUUUUCAUAUUUGUCCUAUCGGGAUCCAAAUCUAUUAAAAACUAUAGAUGUAUAUGACGGAACUGCCAACUUCCUUCGUGAUCUGGAACUAGAUAACGAUACACUCACUAAGGCUAUUAUUGGUACCAUUGGUGAUGUGGACUCAUACCAGCUUCCUGAUGCGAAAGGAUAUACCAGUCUACUACGAUACUUACUGGGUGUGACAGAUGAGGAACGCCAAAUAAGACGUGAAGAAAUUUUAUCAACCAGUCUAACACACUUCAAGGAAUUUGCGGAUGCCAUUGAAACAGUGAAGAACAAAGGUGUGGCAGUUGCUGUUGCAUCCCCUGAAGAUGUUGCGGCAGCAAAUGAAGAGCGAUCAGGGUUUUUCCAAGUUAAGAAGGCUCUCUGAAGAAUUUCAACCAUCACGGAGCUUGUCGUCUGCAGGUUUGUUUCAAAGAAACUGGAGGGUAGCUAGACUUCUAGCAUUAGGAAAUCAUGAUAGCAUGUCUUUUGUCUCCUUCCUGAUACAGUAAAGACCAACAAUCUACACAUUGAGAACAACACUUGAGCAUUAGUCUUGUUGCGAAAGUAUCCUAGAUUUCUUGGAAGGGGUUUACUGAAAAUUGAUUAGAAUCUCAGCUCUUUUCACUUAAUCUUUCUGUUUAAUUGUCAUGUAAUGCAACACUAUCACAGAUACUACUUCCUCUUGCAAAUCCUAUCUCAACACUUUCUUUUACUACAAGUUAUAAUACUUAAUACAUGCAAUGGAUGAUGGUUGCAUUUAACUGCACAAUUUCUAUUA